GUUGGGAGAGAGGAGGUCCCCGAGCCCGGCUGGGAGCCAUGGCCGCGGUAGUGGCCAAGCGCGAGGGGCCGCAGUUCAUCAGCGAAGCGGCGGUGCGGGGGAACGCCGCCAUCCUGGACUAUUGCAGGACGUCUGUCUCGGCCCUGUCGGGCGCCACGGCGGGGAUCCUCGGCCUGACCGGCCUGCACGGCUUCAUCUUCUACUUCCUGGCUUCCGUCCUCCUCUCCGUGCUCUUGGUGUUAAAAGCCGGACGGCGAUGGAAUAAGUACUUUAAAUCCCGAAGGCCGCUUUUCACGGGGGGGCUUAUAGGAGGGCUCUUCACAUAUGUCCUGUUCUGGACUUUCCUGUACGGCAUGGUUCACGUCUACUAAAACAACUAGGAGCCACAUUAGCUGCAGUGGUUUUUAAGGAAGCAGGAGAACUGUUGCCAAAAGUCAUCUACACAAUUAGGCCAGCUUACCUUUUAAACCGUUGUUCAUCACUUGUGUUGUUAAUACCGUCAGUAAAUUAUGUCCAAGUAUGAAUGAAUCGGUAGUACUGUUCUAAUUAAACUGAAUGUGAAAC